AUGGUACAGCUGUGGCGCGCGCUCUUAACGCACCGCGGAAUGGUUGGGCGCUUUUGGUUGCAUACGCUAACCAGGAGUACGGUACUGCCCGUACGCCACGGCACGCUGGGCUUUCGGCAACGAAGCACUACUUCAGAUGAGUUGAACAGGGAGCGCUCAGCUGACCCGGUAUACCGCGCAGGUCCCGAACACAGCGAACCUCUGCGGUUGGAGUCCCAGAAACGUUUUGCAGCCUCAAUCGUAGAGAUGCUUCCCAAGUUCAUAUCAGCUGUAUACAUUCACCACGGCCAUGACGUGAACUCGGGGGGUGAGCUGGUCCUCGAAGUGCCGCCAACGGCCACUGUGCCGGUGUUGCGUUUCUUACGCGAUCACGCGACUUGUCGCUUCCGCCACUUUAUCGACUGUUGUGGUGUCGACUUUCCAGAUCGGCCCGAUCGCUUUCGUGUUGUCUACAAUUUACAGUCUCUCGUUUACAAUACCCGAAUCCGCGUGCAGACGCACGUCAAUGAAUUGACCCCGCUCGAGUCUGCAACCUCCGUCUUCAAAGGCGCUGACUGGUUCGAACGAGAAGUCUACGAUAUGUUUGGCGUGUUUUUCAUGAAUCACCCGGAUUUGCGUCGCAUUCUUAGCGAUUACGGAACAAGCUACCAUGCGUUACGCAAAGAUUUUCCAUUAUCGGGGUACGAAGAAGUUCGAUAUGAUGAAGUUGAGAAGCGCGUCGUAUACGAGCCGCUGGAGAUCACGCAAGAGUUUCGAACGUUUGAUUUUCAGACUCCUUGGGAGCAUUUUCCAGCCGCAGGUGGCUCAGAGGUGGAGUUCUUCCGGCUCGUCAAGGGUCAGAUUGUGCCCGAUCCUGAGGCUGCAGCCCGGGCCUCAUCUGCGCAGCAGCAGCAGCAGCAGCAGCGAGCGGGUACCGCAUCAGGUGCAUCGCAGCGCUCGCCGGGCUAA